CGACGGUUUCGUUUAUUACGGGAAGCAGAAUCCCGUCCAUCCAGUUCAGCUCCCUACAGCCAGCAGCUAGUUCAGGUGUACUGCCGUCUGGCGCGGGGCGUCUUACAGGCCCCUCUAGCGUUUUGUCCCCAGCGCUGACUUGACAUGUACCUGAUACUUCUCCAUGGGUCCCCCGUUAGAUUGUUCUUCCCACUUGAACGACGGAGACAAGGGCGCCUCUUUUCCCUUGCUGAUGCCCCCCAAAAAAAGAAUCCAUCCGUCAAGUUCGAUCACACACGACCAUUGCAUUGCGCGCACAGCGACCUAUUCGCUCACGCACUUUGCUGCUCUUCUACUGUUGGGUCUCUUUUUCUCCUUCUCCUCCCUUUGGUUUCUUCCUUCCUGCCUAAUUCUUCACUCGCUCGUUCCUUUGCUCGAUUUCGCUUCGCUUCCCUAUUCUGUAUUUCAAGUAGCUUCAUCAGCUUUGUCUACCCAUCGUAGAUAACUCUCUAGUAGCAUUCACCAUUUGAUCCGUGGUCAUCUAAACAAACAUCAUCUCACACCCGUUGCCAUCUCGAGAAUCACGUCGCUCGCUCCUUCGUUCGUUCGUUUGCUCGUUUGCUGGUCGGUCUUCUAACCUUCUGUCGGC